AUGACCCAGCUGGGCCCAGGGCUGGGUUCCACCGAUCAUCUUACUUCCAGUAAUGUAGAGUCUAUGGAAUACGGAUUUGUUGUUUAUGAUAACCCCAACCACGUUACAGUAUCGAGCUCUACCAGUGUAUAUAGAAGACCUCGAUCUAAAUUUUGUAUUGGACUCAUCACAUUUGGUAUUGUUAUCGUUAUAACUUCAGUUGCUUUGGGAUUUAUCAUACAUUAUGCAGUCAAUUCAGAUCGUCAAGUAUCACCAAGUAGUUCAACCUCUAAUGUUCAAUCACAUGAUUAUAAAGCAACUAAAGAAAUCAAACAGGUUGAUUUUGAAGGAAGAAUACGAAUAACAAGUUUAAAAUGGAUGCCUGAUUUAGGAAACCAUGCUAAGGAACUUUACCGAGUUGUGACUAAUCAUAUUCAAAAGGAGUUGAAUCACGUAUUUGAAAUAGGUCCACUAGUAGAAAGAUAUAACCGUACGGUUGUUGUUGAUCUUAGCCCUGGAAGUGUGAUAGUUGAUUUUAUUGUGGUUUUAAAUUCAAGGAGAGGUAUAGAAUCGGAUACUAUUAAGGCCAUGAUGUUACAAGGUUUAGAAAAAAGAAGUAAAUUCAUAAAGAAAUUAAAAUCCAACCAUAUGCCUGCUUCGAAGAUUGUCUUUGAUAAAAGAAGUUUAAAGAUAGCUGAUUCUCAUAAUCCGGAUAUAAAAUCAGAAACCAAGUAUAUUCCAAAACCAAAAAUACUUACAGAAAUACGACAACCUACUACGACUUCACAAGUACCACAUUCGACGACCUUCACCAAUGUUUCAUCAAUGACAAAGAAAUCCAAAAAUAAAGGCAAAAAAAAGAAGAAGAAGCCACCAACGACGACCACUAUUAUUCCUUCCACCACCAAAUUACAACAUGAGAUUACGCUUCCAAGCACAAAUAAAACUGAAUCAAGUACAACAGCAAAUCAACUAACUACAACGACUCUAUCCAUAACCACAAAGCCUUCUACCAGGAAACAAAAGAACACUGAUACAAAAACCACUGUGACUACUACACCAUCGAAAACAUUGCCGAAUACAGAACCCACUACAGUCUCAACAACACCUACAAUUAUAUCAAACAAAAGUCCAAAACCGACCACUACUACAAAAACGAAAGUGGAUAAUACUAAAGAACAACAGAAGCCUAAAAACCUAACCAAAAAAUCUAGUCCUAGUAAGAGCAUCAACGGUUCUCUGCAAAUUAAUCAUCAUCAUUAUGAUUAUAACGACAGCCGCGGUCUUACCCAUCAUCACAUACACCAAGGCAUCCAGAAUGCCUCCCAUCAGCAUAACAGUAGAAAUAGCUCAUCUAUUGUUCAUCUUAACAAUCAUUAUCAUAGUUUGGAUCACCCAAAACAUAAUCAUACCCAGAAUGGAAGUCAUAUUGAGGCUCACGAACAAAAUCAUGAACAUAGUCAUGAUCAGACGUUUUAUCACCAUCAUCAAAAUAAAACCCACAAUCUUAGCCACAUGGAAGACCAAAAAGGGUUCCACAAUUUUAGUGACCACGAUGGCCAUAAUCAUAGUACAAACAACACUCAACAUUUUCUUCAUAAAGAGGUCGACAGCCAUCAUCACCGCCCUGGCUCUAACAGUUCGCACUCUGAAGUGCAUCAUGAAAUCAAGCAUAAAGAUGGCAGUGGUCGUCCUGAACACGGAAAUGUGUCAUUUCAUCAUAUAAACAACCAAUCGGUAUUCUGGUCGACCAACGAAAACGAUCCUAAAUCAUUUCAUAACAAAUCAUAUGAUGGUCAUCUGACAGCAAUUGACGACCCUCCUGAUAGGAUCACUGACAUGAAUGACACAGAUGCUGAGGAGGUUCCUUUUCUGAAUUCUUUUAGUGCCACAGAUUUUGCAGCUGAUGGUCGUGAAACGGCAACUUUACCAAAUACAAUUAAAGAACAUGUUCCCCAACUGACAGACUUAGAACAAAGUGAUAAUCACAUUCCACCUCACGAACCCUAUUCCCAGAAUUCUAGGGACAAACUAGAAAAUUCGAUCCGAGAUUCGAGAGACCGAUCUAAAGCGAUGGAAUAUGACCGGAUCCUAGCUGGCAUGAAUAGGAAUACAGCGAGAAGUCAACACCACGAAAGCAACAUGGUAGAUCCCGAGGAGUUGGCUAAGGAAUCGCCCCCUGUGGAUGAGAGGUUUGACAAUUACUGGCCUCAUGGAAACAUGAAUCGUCCUUUCAACUUUCCCAAUCGAAUAAGUACUCCAAACCCUGUACUCCCACGAACCACCAAAGAAAUAAAAGAAAGUGCUAGUGCAAGUACCAAAACUUCAGUAGAUGAUCUUGAAACAGGAUCAGGAGAACUGACAGAAACCUUUGAAGAUCAUAUCACUCCUCCACCAACAACUACUUCUAAAGUUAUACCACAUAUACGAGAUAUUAAGCGACCGUCGUUCGACACAUCCGGAGAUCAUCAUUAUUUCGAUUCAACUCAGAGUGGAAACCCAUUUCCUAAUUCUAUAUUACCAAAUGAGAAUCAUGGUGAUACCGAAGACACCCCAGCCUUGGUGCCAAACUCUGAGAAAAUCGACUUCUCCAGACACCACAGAGAGGAGGUUCAGGAAGAACAUAUUGAACAUGGUGAAAUGGAAGAACCAUUGUUCAAUCUACAUCAUUUAGAAUAUGCAAGUACAAGACAACCAGGCAAAGAUUAUUUUGACCACCCGUCGCAUUUCCAUGAUCAGCCACACGAUCUAAUUGAAAAUGACUUAAAUAUCACCUCCAGUGAAGAAGACAUCAUUCCAGACCUUCUUGCUAAUCAUUUAGGCCAAAGACAACUUAACGAGGACUUUGAAUCGAUGCUUUUACACAAAAACAAAACUGAUAUAUUAGUACAUCCGUUACCUAUAUCGGCAGCGGCAGGGGCUGAUUUUCCAAUGAACACCAAAGGUGACAUUCCCGCUUCUGAGCAGUAUCACAAAAAGAAUGGUCAAUCAAAGAAAGGUCAAGGAAUCAGGGAAACUCGCGACAGAAAAGAUGAUUCUGUACCAGACUUUAUUGGACAUCCAGUAGGUGGUAUGGCUCAUCUCGGACCAUCAAAUUUUAUGCCAUUUCCACCUGCAGCCGGUACUGCCUCAGGCAAAGAAGACCUAAAUGAAGAGAACGCAUUGGAUAUGGAUUAUGAUUCAAAUCUUGGUCCCUCAAACUUUAUGCCUCUGCCGCCACAAUCAUCAUUACCUAAAGAUCACAAAGCUAUAUUACCUCACGGUGUAACUCCUCCAAAAGUGCACGUCCCGAAGGAUGGCGAGGGUGUACUGACACCACCGCCAUUGAUCCAUAAACCGGGAAUCAUAACUCAUGUUCUCAAUAAAAAUAAAAAGAAGGUGAAUAAAGACAAAGAGGAACAUGCUCAUUCCAAGGCACAUGUGUCUUUCUAUCCAAAAAAUAAAUCGACGCGCAGAUCCAACAAUGAAUUGGACUCAUCAAAGGAAAAAACCCGGUUGAAUUUAGAAGGCGACAAGUCGCACAAAGAGUCCGAUGGGACUAAACUAGAAUCUCAGAAUAAAACCAAAGGACAUUCAAUGGAUUCUCGUGAAAAUUCUGUUGAAUCAAAUGGCGCGAACAGAAUAGACUCUAAACAGUUGGCACCAGUGACUACACCAUCUGAUAUAGUGGCAUUAUUGAAUUCAACUAGCCACUAUACAAGAGCUAACCUUCUUGAUGACAUGGAGCCAAAUGCAACAAAUGACUUUGGAAACCUCACCGAGACCAAUGAGGAAUACACACAUGAGAUUCAGAACACAAACAAGACUCUGAUACAACGGCCUUGGCAGACUGAGUUGAAUAAAACUCUAUCCAAUGGAGUGAAUGAAACCCAAUCUACAAUCGGUAAGCAUAAUGAUUCAUUAGUUGUUAUAAGAGGAGCAUAA